AGCAAUUGAAACUUUUUCAAACAAAAAAAAUUGCUCAAAAGUAAAAGCAUAAAUAAAAUUUAUUUUUUGAUUUUUGAAACAAUAAAAUCGAAUUUUAUGCAGCUUCCCAUUGGAUUAGUAGAAAUAUGGUGGUUUUAAAAUAUUCGAGUUAUUCAUCAUCACCAGUGACAUUGUCAAGACAAUCAUCUCAUUUGCACAAUCAAAUAACGACAGGCACAAAUCAACAGCCAAACAUUUUAAUGACACACAAUAGCAAUACGAUUCAUGCAUCAAAAUGUGCAUCGACCGGUAAUGGUUCAUCAAAAAUACGCGAUUGGGAUAUAAAUGACCCGCAAGUGCCAACAUUUGGCGAACAUGAAUAUGACGAGUUUUCAGAAUGGGCCGACGGUCACAUUCGUUAUGUGUAUCGAAACACAAGCGAAGAGGCACGCAAACAUAUUUCCGGCUGGGCAAUGCGAAAUACAAACAAUCACAAUGUCAACAUAUUGAAGAAGAGCUGCUUGGGUGUUCUCACUUGUACUGCCAACUGUACAUUGCCAAACGGCGAACAGAUUCAUUUACGUCCAGCCAUUUGCGACAAAGCACGAAAGAAACAACAAGGAAAACCAUGCCCAAAUCGCGCUUGUCAUAAUGGAAAAUUGGAAAUUCGUCCGUGUCGGGGACAUUGCGGCUAUCCAGUCACACAUUUCUGGCGAUCAACAAACAAUGCAAUAUUUUUUCAAGCCAAAGGAGUACACGAUCAUCCACGACCAGAACCAAAAAAUAGCACUGAAUAUCGACGAGCCAUGGGAUCCGGCAGAAGAAGUCGUGGAUUGGCCGUUCUUUUGGCACGAGACGCAGCAUUGGGCAAUAAACUAAUGUCGUUGCGUACCGCAGUUGCUAAGAAACAAAAAUCAAACUCAGGCACUGAAAAAAUCCGGCCGCCACCACUGAUAUCUGACUUUAAUUCAGGUGUAUCGUGCAGUUGUCCACCGUAUCAUUGUGUGUGUGGUGCGAUGAAUGUAAAACUGGAGAAUAAUAAUAUGCCGCAACAAAUGUUCAAGAGUGAAUAUUAUGGUGUGAUGUCAGAGACGUAUUGUCAUUCGCAAAAUACAGAAAUGUCGAUGCAAUCGAGUCAAACUACUGCCGCUGCAAAUAACAAUCUACCGUAUUGGAAUCAAACAUCAUCGCAGCAACAGCAACAAAAUCAACAGCACUCACCAACCCAUUUGAAUUACGGUAGCGGUGCGGCUUACGGCAAUCAACAACAGCAACAACAGCAGCAGCAGCAUACCGAUGCUGUUUAUCAAACAUUUCAAGCGAACGGGCAAAAUGUGUAUCAGUCGAAUUCAAAUUUCAGUAGCACUGUAAAUGGCAAUAAUGUGAGCUCUCAAGAUGUAUAUCAAUAUUCACCAUAUUCCGGUGAUAUGCUGCAACCAGAGGAUAUUUUCCAAAUGGAUCAACCGAUUCGAUCGGCAAAUGUAUCUUCAUUAAAUAGUUUGUCUGCAUCGCCGCCGGCCACUCUGCUCGAUUUGGGUAGCGGUACGAUUGAACAACAGCAAAAGCCCAUUUCAUACAGUCACAGCGAACUCUCUGAUUCAUACUAUAGUUUAAAUGAUGAUAACAGCACGAAUUCAAGUCAUAAUGCUGAUGCGAACUGUUUUUACCAAAAUAUGAGCGCCGAUACAUCGAUGCAUUUGCAUAAUGGAGUGAAUGGCAGCCAAAAUAAUAACAAUACAAAUAUGAUCUCAAUGAAUGCGACAACGAUAACAACAUCAUCACCGCCAACAGUCGCCCAUUCAUUUGAACAUGCGGUAACGCAUACAUACUACUGUGAUACACCAACAGAAUCACGUCAAUAUGCAAAGCAUUCACCGACUAUGCUUUCACCCAAUGAAUCGGCCUGCGAUCGAAUUGCCAACAUAAAUUAUCAGAGUACAUGCUAUAACAACAACAAUAACAGUGCCACCAUUAACAACAAUAACAUUCACGACAACUUCAAAAGUCAAAAACGAAAAGCAAGCGAAGCAUUUUCACAAUCGCCAAGCAAUCAAUUCAACAACACAUUCAAUUCGAAUUUAGUCAAUCAUCACGAAUACUAUGGCAGCAGUAGCAUUGAACAUCUUUCCACCAAUCUUACGAAUUUGGAGCUGCAGCAACAACAUCAUCAUGAGAUGCAACAAUAUGCAACAAAUUGCAACCCAAUCAUUAACGAGUACUGCAACGAUCCAGUUUUAUCGAAUUCGCAUGGCAAUCAAUGUUUAACUUAUUAUGAUAGCGAAACUAAUAAUUUAGUACAAUUAUCGACCAACUCAUACGAAAUUUCGGUCGUUAGUAGCAAUUAAAUUUGAAGCAAAAAGAUUUAAAGUCAUAAAAAGUCAAAGAAAGUUUCUUUAAAAAAAAAAUGGAUUUUUUAUCUUUGCUGUUUUAGUCAUCAGUUUGUUGUAAGUUGAGUUUACAUGUUCCCAGUGGUUAUGUUUAGCGUAGUUGGUAAGAAAAUAUUAGAAUGUCGCCAAUGAAUAGAUAUGUUGAGGUUUUAAUUAAAAUUGAAUAGGUCUCAUCGAAUUAAAGGGUCGAACAGUAUUUUAGAAUUUAUUUAAGAUGAUUUAAUGUUUUAAUAGACUUAAAAAGUGCAUGUUUGUGUGAAUAUUUGUUUUUUUUUCUCUCUCACACUUCACUCUCUUUUUUUUAAAGAGCAGUGGUUUCAUUUUUAGAGC